CAUUGGUUAUUUGGAAUUUGUUAGUUGAGUUGUGACGUCGGUGGGCCGUCUUUGUCAACGCUCAAAUUAAUUAUUUUGUGUGAAAAUUCUCUGUGAUUUGUGAGAUGCAAAAUGCAAUGCAACUAUAGUUAAUUAUAUUGGGUUACGGUUUUUUGUGUGUAUUACUAAUUAAAAUUAACUGUUGUUAAAAAAUAUAUGUUAAAUAAAAAGUUGUAAUUGUAAAUUGUUUUUUAUUCAAUUCAACUGUAAAAUUGGAUGUGUAAUUAAACAUACAAGCGUUUUUAUCUAACAAAAGCAAAACAAUAGAAUUAAAAGAAUUGUACUAAAAAAACAAACAAAAAUCUUACAUAUAACCUCGCAAAGGGUACAAACCCUAAAUAACCGCCAAAAUUCUAUUCAAAGAACGAAAAAUCAUAAUUAAAAAAAUGAAAUCAUUUGCUGCAGUUUGUCAAACAGGUGCCACAAUGCCAGCUAUUAAUCCAAGUGGGCGUAUCGCACGUCCAUCGCAUCAGAGGGGCGAUGGAGAGAACGCCGAAAUGAAAAUGUAUCUCUCAAAAUUGAAAGAUCUGGUGCCAUUUAUGCCAAAAAAUCGGAAACUUUCUAAGCUUGAAAUAAUACAACAUGUAAUUGAUUAUAUAUGUGAAUUGCAAUCAGAACUUGAAGCCCAUUCCGAUAUAAGCACCUUCGACACAUCAAAUUUUAAUAAUGUAAACCAAAUGCAGAGUAACGGAAUCUAUGAUGAAGAAAUUCUUACGGAACGCUUAUCACCAAUCGUUGAACCGUCAUUACAUAACCAGCAGCAACAUUCUAGUCCUACCCCUCGACAACCGUUAGUUGAUCGGCAUACUCCAAACACCAUUUUACCAGUUACAAAUAAUAUUCAGUCUUCAACGCUAAUCACUCAACAGCAGCUCCAACUCCAGCAGCAGCAGCAGCAGCAAGUUUCUUUGCAACACCAACAAGCCACAACUUCCCGGUCAUCACCGACACAUUCAUCGUUGGAGAAAGACAGUAGGCAAUCUUGUUAGAGAGUCGCAGCUAAGCCCUCAGUGCAAGAAACCGACUACAAUUAUCUGAUAAUAGAUACUACAGAAGACGUGAAUAUUAACAUGUUAUCUCAUGCACCAUACAGAUUUAUAUUUACUGUAUAUAAUACCUAUAUGUAUAUAUAUACAUAUAUGCUUAUAUAUAUAAGUGAAAACCGC